AUGAGGAGUGAAGAUGAAGGCUAUGUAUUUCGCAGCGCCACACUAACCGUUGAUGUCAGUCAGAAUUUAUGCAUGCAGCCAUCUCCUGAAGCUGGGCAGUCGGAUGACUUGAUAUGUGGCAUGAUACUCAUUUUCCCUACAAAAUUAGGUCUUCCUGUAGGCUUCAGACGUGGGAAAGCUCAAACAUUUACUUGCAUGACCACUCUGCCGAGAUAUUUUUACAGAGCCAGGCAUGCUGUCAAAGUUGCCAAUAAACGGUUUUGA